CCUUCCGCCUGGCGGUCUGCGCGGCGUGAGUCAGCCCGAGCCUCGCACUCGCACCGCUCACCACCGUCAGUGUCACUUCCGCCGUCGGCCGCACCACGCACUCGUGCUCGCGCUCGCUCACUACACGCUCUCUCCACACUGCGGCGUGUUCAAAGCAUAGGUGUUUCGGUUACGCCACUCGGUUGCGAAAGUCUGCGCGAUGAUAUACAAGUGAGAGCCGACAUCAGACGCCAGGGUAACGCUCAUCGCGCACGGUGAGCCAGUUUAUUCGACGAGAGACAUUCGAAACGCUCCAGCUGUGAGGGACGGGGGGCGCAACGGCGUCGGUUGCACACGCGGGAGCAACGUUUCCUAACACAUUUACUUUACUGUGAGAGAGCUACGAAAACCAAUUUUUAAUGUGUCAAGUCAGUAUAGCAUAUUGCUGCUACGUCAGAUCGCAGAACGCCUCGAGCAGGAACUACAAGGUUAUGCAAAUGAGUUCUGAACGCUUCUAUACUAGGGGUAAUCAAAAGACCAUUCAUAAUUUCAAUAAACUUUAACGUACCGGUUACCGUACGGUAGUCUAAGUGUUUAUCUAUCGUUUCUCUAUUAUCGUUCGGUGUCGCGAUCGCUAAUUGCUAAUUACGUACUGUGGGAGUCGAGUGAUAAGAAGUCGGCGCGUUAUCUGCGGGCGAGGGCGACGGAGCGCGGAGCACUCGCGGCACAGCAGGGCAGCAGCAGCGAUGGCGGCCGCGCAGGAGGAGACGCUGCUCGCGCGCUGCGAGAUCCCCAUCAUCGACCUGGCGCACAUAGGUACGGACGUGUGUCCUAUGAAGUCAGUGGUGCGCCGCAUCGGACAACAGCUGUUCACCGCCCUCAGCGGCAAGGGAAUGGCGAUGCUGGUCAACCAUGGCAUUGCCGAGGAGAAGUUAAAAGCGGUGUACGCAGACUUGGACAACUUCUGCGCGCUGCCGGAGGGAUGUCGGGCGCAAUACCUCCGCAACCCGGCCAACAACCAUGGUUACGUGCGCCCGGGGACCGAGCAGUUCGACACCACCAUGACGGAGCUGCGGCACUUGUUCAACAUCACGACGCUCUCGGCGUCCUCCAUGCCGGCGCAGGAGAUCCCCGAGUUCACGAAACACGCCGUGCCCCUGGCGCAAGACCUCACUAACCUGUCUCGUGUUCUGCUGCAGGCGCUCGCUUACGCUUUCGGUCUGCCACCGGCCACGCUGCUGACGUGCCAUUCGGGCAUGCUGUCCAGCGAGGGCGGCAACCCGUCCACCAUGCGGCUGUUGUACUACCCGCCCGUGCCGCCCGAGGACGAGGGCCCGUGCUGUUACAGCGACGUCGUGCACUACACCCGCUGCGGCGCGCACGCCGACUACGGCACUUUCACGCUACUUGCGCAAGACUCCGAAGGCGGCCUCGAGGUAAAAUUGAACGGCAGCGAAAAGUGGCAGUCAGUCGGCCAUCUUCCCGGCGCUAUCUUGGUACAGACCGGGGAACUGCUCGCCGCUUGGACAACCAACAUUCUGCCGGCUCUGAUGCACCGCGUAGUGGUCCCGUCGGGCACCUACGCUCGCGCUCGCGGCCGCCACUGCGUCGCCUUCUUCUGCCACCCGGACACCGAGGCGGAGCUGCCGACCCUGCCGCUGCGCGCCGUGCCCGUGCCCGCGCCGCCCGUCUUCACCCCCCACACCCACUUGACUUUCCACCACCGCCUGCUCAACGCCGCCCACCACAUCCAAAAGCGCUUCAGAGAGACGUACGCGUGACUAGCGCGUACGGGGCACAAACACUACAUCGUGCCGCUUGAACGACGGCAUACGGCCCCGUGAACAUCUUCAUGAACUUUACAGCGGGCGUAGUUUCUCUUCUACGUUUCAGCAUUGCAGCACCACUGUUUGAAAACUUCAGUUUAUGUCACACGGCGC